GCCCCGGCCUGCCAUUCCGACUAUUCCGAGUUCGCGCGCCGUGUCCAGUUCCAAAUUAGAUUGAAAGCAUUGUGAUUUUAAGCGAAAUUGGAGAACUUUGGUGUCGAAACAGUUCCAGAAGUUGGAAUUACUAAUUAACAGUCUUUAUUUAACCGUUACCAUUGAAUCCUUAUCCACCAUGUUUUGGGGACUGAUAAUGGAACCGAACAAACGGUACACCCAAGUGGUGGAAAAACCGUUCCACAUAUCCCAGGCGGCGAUGGACACCUCUACAGGCGAUGAUGGCCCGUGCCAAGUUAUGGUGGUGGUCGACGGAAAGAACUUUUUGGUGUGCACUCUUCAGAAGUUGACCAAUAUCCAAGUGCCUUUGGAUCUGUACUUCAAAUCCGGAGAUGCUAUUUCAUUUAUGACAAACGGAAAGAGCAAUGUCCACUUAACUGGCUACCUGGACCCUGAGUUUGAAGACGAAGAGGAGUCUGAAGGUGAUGAGGAGGAAGAGGAUGAGGCCCCCACUCUGGUAUCCGCAGCUAAGAGGAAACUUGAGAACAGCAAUGAGAAAAAUGCCAAAAAGCAAAAGAAGGACAAGAAAGCCGCCCAGGCUGACAGCUCAGACUCUGAUGAUGAAGGUGAAGACCAGCUCCAGAAGAUCCUUGAUGGUGAAGACCUGGACACAGAUGACAAUGAUGACUCCUUCAAGCUAAACACCACGGCUGAGGAUAGUGAUAGUGAUGAAGAAGAGUCCGAUGACGAUGAGGAAGCAGAAGACGAGGAAGGCGAGGAAGAAGAAGAAGACGAGUCAUCAGAGGAGGCGGAGACCACCCUCGACACUAGCAAGGAGGAGGCCAAGGUGGACAUGUCCAAGCUGAGCAAGUCAGCUAGAAGGCGCCUGAAGAAGAAGCUACAGAAGCAGGGCAAGGAGCCGCAGCUCAACGGUGUCGACAAGCCUAAGAAAGAUGCUAAAGGCGAGCAACAGCAAAAAAAAACGAAGAAGCCAGAGGCCAAGAAGGAAGCUCAACAGAAUGGACAAGUUGAAAAGAAAGAAAAGAAGAUCAUCAGCGGAGGCGUGGCCAUUGAGGACUUGAAAGUUGGCAACGGACCUGUUGCCAAGCCAGGCAAAAAUGUUAUGGUAUACUAUGAAGGGCGCCUGAAGUCCAACAACAAGAUGUUCGACAACUGCCUGAAGGGGCCCGGGUUCAAGUUCCGCCUGGGCGGCAAGGAGGUGAUCACGGGCUGGGACGUCGGCGUCAGCGGCAUGAAGGUCGGCGGCAAGAGGCGCAUCGUCUGUCCGCCCAACAUGGCGUAUGGUGCUAAAGGCUCCCCUCCAGUCAUUCCGCCUAAUUCCACCCUAGUCUUCGAAGUGGAACUGAAGAAUGUUAAAUAGGUGUAAGGAAGCUGUGUCGCCAGUGUCACACGGACACUCGUUUGUUUCGGAUCCGCCGAGGUUGUUGAAUGUUGCCAUGAAUGAGAGGAUUGUUUGAUCAUGGUUUGUUAACGCAAGGUUUUUCUUAUUAUAUUUUUCCUUAUAUGGUUUAGGAUGAAACUACCUUGCUUUAUCAGAUCAUUGUUUGCUUAUGUUUAAGGUGCUAGUAUGAAGUAUCUGCAAUGGUAUUGAUCAAAAUGCACAAUUUGUAACAUCUGUUUCUAAUCCCGUUGCAAAAACUUCAUACUUGUGUUAAGCUGGCCAUACACACUAGGGUAAGCCUGCGCAGUUUUAUCAACUGCACAGGUAAAACAGAGCGUGUGGCAUUGGACUGUGCAGUUUCCUAUACAGCUUUGCCUGUGCAGUUGAACUGUACAGGCAAAACUGCGUAGGCAUACCCUAGUGUGUAUGGCCAGCUUUAGACUGUAAGCUUGUAUAAGUUAGAUUGUAAGAACUCUGCUGGACAUAAUUAUGAGUAUUUCAUACUUGUAAUUCAAUAUUUUAUGUUAAUUUAAACACUGAAUUUUAAUAAAAUAUUUUAUCAUAAUCAGUAGAAGAUCUACUUUCAUUUGGCAGUUUUAGUAAUUAAAGGCCUCAUUUGUAAGUCAAUAAAUUGUAAAAAUUACCUGCAUUGAAUAUUGCCAUUUGAUUGUUAUAUUUUAUCUGUCAUGUGAUUAACUUCAGUAUCAUCACACAAACAAUUUAUUUGUCACUAAUCAAAUCAUGGCAAUAGAAUGGCAGGAAUAAAAUUCCGAAUUCCA